UGGAGCCGAGCCAUUACCAUGGCACUUGAAGCCAAAAACAAACUUGGUUUUAUUGAUGGCAGCCUCGUUAAACCUGAACCUAACAAUGCAAAUUUCGCCUUUUGGGUCCGGUGCAAUAGUAUGGUUCAAUCUUGGCUCAUACAUUCCACUAUCCCCACCAUAGCCAAUUCCAUCCUAUGGAUUAACAGUGCUAGGGAUAUAUGGCUUGACCUCCUUGCUCGAUUUACUCAAAAAAAUGCACCUCGCAUUUUUGAAAUUCGCCGAGCCAUUGCAAAUCUUUCUCAAGGAACUAAAUCAAUUUCCACUUAUUAUACAGAACUCAAAGCUUAUAAAGAUGAGCUUAAUUCUUAUCAAACUCUUCCCGCUUGUGUUUGCGGUGCUGUACCAAAUUUCAACGAGGUUUAUACGACUGAACAUCUUAUGGAUUUCCUACAGGGUUUAAAUGAUUCAUAUACAUCUGUUCGUAGCCAAAUACUACUCAUGGACCCUCUCCCCUCUGUUCCCAAAGCAUAUUCCCUCCUGUUGCAAGAAGAGCGUCAACGUUCCAUAUCGGAUUCACGUUCGGUUUCAAUAGAUCAAUCAGCCAUGUCUGUUCAACAAUCAAAUUCUUUACAAGAGGCCAGUUCCAAACCACAUUAUUACUGUUCCAUUUGCAAGCUUGAUGGGCACUCAGACAGUCGUUGCUACUCAAAGAUUGGUUAUCCUUCUUGGUGGAAACAUAAUAUUGGCUCCAACAAACCUCGUCGUGGUUCUUCUUCUCGUGACGGUCGCGGAACCAGACCUUCUGCUUCACCGGCUCGUUCCAAUGCUGCUGUUGUUCCAUCUCCGGAUACUCAGUCUUCAUCUAGUUUGACUCCAACUCAGAUUCAACAGCUACUCUCUCUCCUUCAAAAUGGUAACAAUCGACCACUUGCAAAUUUCGCAGGACCAGAGGACGAAGAGGAUUACUGUGAUGGGUGAACAACAUAAGGGCCUCUACACAAUGAAUAAUCCUGCAACAAAUUCCAUUUCUACUGCUUUAUUUAGUUCACACUUUGAUUUAUGGCAUUGGCGCUUAGGACAUCCAGCCCCAACUUUAUCUUCACAGUUCAAUAAUUUAGAUACUAGCAUUAAGUUUUCUAAUAAAUGUACUUGCACUGUUUGUCCUUUGGCAAAACAGUCUCGUUUGAAAUUUCCAUUAAGUUGCAUCU